AUGGCAGACCUGGAGCCUCACUCGCUCGCGUCGACGUUUCCCAACCCCCCCCCGUUCUGGAAGAACUUCACCCCCGACCGGGUCGCGCGGAUGGACGACCUGCGCAGCGCCUUUGCCGGCGGCCCCGUCGACGCCGCCGCGACGGCCAUUGUCCGCGUCCCCGGCCUGCCAGCGGAACUGGCCAACCUGCAACCGCCCCCGGAACCAGCAGACGGGAAAUGGCGCGUGUUUGGCGACCAGUACACGCUCGACGACAAGCUGCCCACCCUCGAGGAGCAGGGCAUCGCCAACCUGCCCAGCACCGGGCUGUCCACGUCCAAGGACGCCAAGCACUACGACCGGGCCUUUGAGCUCAAGCGGCUCGUCAAGUCGCUCCUCCUCAACUUCCUCGAGCUGUCGGGCACCCUGGCCCGCAACGCCGCCGACGCGGAAGCCAAGAUCAACGACCUGCGCACCCUCUUCAUCAACAUCCACCACAUCCUCAACGAGUACCGGCCGCACCAGGCGCGCGAGUCGGCCAUUGCCUUGAUGCAGAACCACCUGGACCGGACGAGGAGCGAAACCGUCGCCAUACGGACGCAGGUCGACAAGGCCAAGCGCGUGCUCGAAGGGCUGGGCAGCUUGGAUCUGGACAGCAAGGCGCUGGACGAGGAGCCGCUGGGCGCCGACGAGCAGGCCGGCCGGCAAGAUGCCAGCCUGAGGCGGGACAAGGAGCUGUGGGCUUUCAUCGACGCCGAAUUUGCCUGA